GUCCCCGCCGGCCGUCCCCGCCGCAGCCAUGUCCAAGGAGCCCCGGUCCGGGCGGGAGGAGAUCCUGGAGUGCCAGGUGAUGUGGGAGCCUGACAGCAAGAAGAACACGCAGAUGGACCGCUUCCGGGCGGCCGUGGGCGCCGCCUGCGGCCUGGCGCUGGAAAAUUAUAAUGACUUGUACCAUUGGUCAGUUGAGUCAUAUUCAGACUUCUGGGCAGAGUUCUGGAAAUUCAGUGGAAUUGUCUUCUCACGCACGUACGAUGAGGUCGUGGACACGUCUAAAGGGAUUGCCGACGUCCCCGAGUGGUUCAAAGGCAGUCGCCUCAACUAUGCAGAAAACCUCCUGCGACACAAGGAGAACGACAGAGUGGCCCUCUAUGUUGCAAGGGAAGGCAAGGAGGAAAUUGUGAAGGUGACUUUUGAAGAGCUGUGGCAACAGGUGGCUCUGUUUGCAGCCGCGAUGAGGAAGAUGGGUGUGAAGAAGGGAGACCGGGUGGUCGGCUAUCUACCCAACAGCGCGUACGCCGUGGAGGCCAUGCUGGCGGCGGUGAGCAUCGGGGCCAUCUGGAGCUCCACGUCCCCGGACUUCGGCGUGAACGGUGUUCUGGACCGGUUUUCUCAGAUCCAGCCGAAGCUCAUCUUCUCCGUGGAAGCCGUGGUCUACAACGGCAAGGAGCACGGCCACAUGGAGAAGCUGCAGCGCGUCGUGAAAGGGCUGCCGGACUUGAAGAAAGUGGUGGUGAUCCCUUACGUCUCCUCCAGAGAGAAGAUAGACAUUUCGAAGAUUCCAAACAGCGUGUUUCUGGAAGACUUCCUGGCCGCUGGGGUGGGCGAGCAAGCCCCCCAGCUGGAGUUCGAGCAGCUGCCCUUCAGCCACCCCCUCGUCAUCAUGUUCUCAUCGGGCACGACCGGAGCGCCCAAGUGCAUGGUGCACUCGGCCGGGGGGACCCUCAUCCAGCACCUGAAGGAGCACGUUCUUCAUGGUGACGUGACCAGCAGUGACAUCAUCCUGUACUACACCACGGUCGGCUGGAUGAUGUGGAACUGGGUGGUGUCCGCUCUCGCCACGGGGGCAGCCCUGGUCUUGUACGAUGGCUCCCCUCUGGUGCCGACACCCAACGUGCUCUGGGACCUGGUCGACCGGAUCGGCAUCACCAUCCUCGGGACGGGUGCCAAGUGGCUGUCUGUGCUCGAAGAGAAGGGCAUGAAGCCAGCGGAAACCCACAGUCUGCAGACACUGCACACGAUCCUGUCCACCGGCUCCCCGCUGAAAGCGCAGAGCUACGACUACGUCUACAGGUGCAUCAAGAGCAGCGUGCUCCUGGGCUCCAUCUCAGGCGGCACCGACAUCAUCUCCUGCUUCAUGGGCCAGAACUGCUCCAUUCCUGUGUACAGAGGGGAGAUCCAGGCCCGGAACCUGGGCAUGGCCGUGGAGGUGUGGAACGAGGAAGGAAAGGCAGUCUGGGGGGAGAGCGGGGAGCUGGUGUGCACCAAGCCACUCCCCUGCCAGCCCACGCACUUCUGGAAUGAUGAGGAUGGCAGCAAGUACCGGAAGGCCUAUUUCUCCAAAUUUCCAGGUGUCUGGGCGCACAGCGACUACUGCAGAAUCAACCCCCAGACCGGGGGCAUCGUCAUGCUGGGCCGAAGUGACGGCACGCUCAACCCCAACGGGGUGCGGUUUGGCAGUUCGGAAAUCUAUAACAUAGUGGAAGCGUUCGAGGAGGUGAUGGACAGCCUCUGUGUCCCUCAGUACAACAAGGACGGGGAGGAGAGGGUGGUCCUCUUCCUGAAGAUGGCUCCCGGCCACGCCUUUGGUCCUGACCUGGUGAAGAGCAUCCGCAAUGCCAUCCGCCUGGGCCUGUCUGCUCGGCAUGUGCCCAGCCUCAUCCUGGAGACCAAGGGCAUCCCGUACACCCUCAACGGCAAGAAAGUAGAAGUGGCCGUGAAGCAGAUCAUCGCUGGAAAAGCCAUGGAGCACCGCGGGGCCUUCUCGAACCCCGAGGCCCUGGACUUGUACCGGGACAUCCCAGAGCUGCAGGGCUUCUGAGCCGGGCUGGCCAGCACAUCUCUCGGCCAGAAGGCUCCAGCCACUGUCCUCUGGGGCUCGUCCAUCUGCUGUGGUACGUCUCCUGUUGCAGCGCCUGUCCCAGUGUGACUUUACAACAUCCCACAGCUGAUCGUCAGGACCCCGGCCAACUGCUCUCUUGUUGU